AGUAAAGCAUCACUUCCGAUGACGAGCUCACAGAAGUGUCGGCUGAAAAAGCUAGCUGGCUAAAUCUGCCCGAGCCUCCCCUAUUCAUGAAGGCGCUUGUUUGAUUGUAUAGAUACGAUUUUGGUUAUUGAUUACCUAAACUAUUUUAUACAAACAUAAUUUUAUACAGGAGCCUUGACAUCAAAUUUCAAUGGAGACUUCUGGAAGCUCGCACAAGAAACAAAAACUGAGUAACGCGGCGGAGAAUUGGGGAAUGCAAAGAGCCACAAAUGUUACGUACCAAGCACACCAUGUCAGCCGAAACAAGCGCGGACAAGUGGUCGGAACAAGGGGAGGCUUCAGGGGAUGCACCGUCUGGCUAUCGGGAUUAUCAGGGGCUGGUAAGACCACAGUUAGUAUGGCAAUGGAGGAGUACCUGGUGUGUCAUGGAAUCCCCUGUUACACACUGGACGGAGACAACAUCCGCCAAGGCCUGAACAAGAACUUGGGCUUCAGCCCCGAGGAUCGCGAGGAAAACAUUCGUCGUAUCGCGGAGGUGGCCCGUCUUUUUGCCGACGCCGGGCUGGUUUGCAUCGCUAGCUUCAUUUCCCCAUACAGCAGGGAUCGUUUGAAUGCCAGAAAGAUCCAUGAAGCUGCCGGCCUGCCAUUCUUUGAGGUAUUUGUGGAUGCGCCAUUGGAUGUGUGUGAACAGAGAGAUGUGAAAGGACUCUACAAAAGAGCCAGAGCUGGAGAGAUUAGAGGUUUCACAGGGAUAGACUCGGAGUAUGAGAGACCAGAAGCUCCAGAGCUGGUACUGAAGACUGACUCUUGCAGUGUGAAUGAGUGCAUACAGCAACUCAUUGACCUCCUACAAGAAAGGGACAUUGUGCCAGUGGACGCCUCCUAUGAGGUGAAGGAGCUGUAUGUGCCAGAGAACAAGCUCGACCUGGCCAAGGCUGACGCUGAAACACUACCAGCCGUACAAAUAAACAAGGUUGACAUGCAGUGGGUUCAGGUUCUGGCGGAAGGCUGGGCCACUCCUCUGAAUGGCUUCAUGAGUGAGCGAGAAUACCUUCAGUGUCUGCAUUUCGAUUGCCUAUUGGAUGGCGGGGUGAUCAACCUGUCCGUGCCGGUGGUCCUGCCCGUCUCCGGCGAGGACAAGGACCGGCUGGACGGCUGCACUGCCUUCGCCCUGGCGUACGACGGGCGGCGGGUGGCCAUCCUCCGCAACCCAGAGUUCUACGAGCACCGGAAGGAGGAGCGCUGCGCCAGGCAGUGGGGCACCACCUGCAAGGACCACCCCUACAUCAAGAUGGUGAUGGAGAGCGGCGAUUGGCUGGUUGGGGGGGACCUGCAGGUGUUGGACCGGAUCUACUGGAACGACGGGCUGGACCACUACCGCCUCACUCCCACCGAGCUGAAGCAGAAAUUCAAAGAGAUGAACGCGGACGCGGUGUUCGCCUUCCAGCUGCGGAACCCGGUGCACAACGGCCACGCCCUGCUGAUGCAGGACACCCACAAGCGUCUGAUCGAGCGGGGCUACCGGCGCCCGGUGCUGCUCCUGCACCCGCUGGGCGGCUGGACCAAGGACGACGACGUGCCGCUGUCCUGGCGCAUGAAGCAGCACGCCGCCGUGCUGGAGGAGGGCGUGCUCCGGCCCGACUCCACCAUCGUGGCCAUUUUCCCCUCGCCCAUGAUGUACGCGGGCCCCACUGAGGUGCAGUGGCACUGCAGAGCCCGCAUGGUUGCCGGGGCCAACUUCUACAUCGUGGGGCGGGACCCCGCGGGGAUGCCGCACCCCAACACGGGCAAGGACCUGUACGAGCCCUCGCACGGGGCCAAGGUGCUCACCAUGGCGCCCGGACUCAUCACCCUGGAGAUCGUGCCUUUCAAGGUCGCGGCGUACAACAAAGCCAAGAGGUGCAUGGACUUCUAUGACCCUAAAAACCACCAGGACUUUGACUUCAUCUCAGGGACACGCAUGCGCAAAAUGGCCAGGGAGGGGCAGAACCCUCCGGAAGGCUUCAUGGCGCCCAAGGCCUGGACGGUGCUGAAAGAGUACUACAAGACUUUGGAAAAGGCUUAAACCUCGUUAAAAAUGCCGAGCCGAUUCUUAAAGGUUAACGAGCUGGGACCACCCAACAACCGUUUCCACCACUCUGCUGUAUUUCAUGUAUUGUAUAGGAUAUUCCAUGCCAUACUUGAUUGCAAAUGCGCGCAAAAUGUGCGUACAAUAAACAAUUUGAACUUCCCCGGCCAAAUUUAGCACUAUGUCAAAACUCAUAUUGAAGUACAGUGAACUUACAAUGAAAAAAUCAGUGUUCUUAUCUCGAAAUACAUGUUAACCAGACACGUACAAAAAUCGUUGUAUUUCAGUGUGGAACCAAAAUUCUAGGUAGACACAUUGGCAUUUGCUUUCAAACAUGUAAUGUAUGUUGACUUCUAUGAUUGUUGACUUGUAUCCAACAUGUAAUGUUUGUUGACUUGUAUGUUGAAGUCAACCUCAAAGUGCAAAGAGUCGCUCUUAAAGCUACACUUACUGUUUUUCGUCUUAUGGCACUGAAAAAGUACUGUUUUAUGGAUGUUAUUUAAAACAAUGCAGCAUAUAUAUUUUUCCAUUUUAAAAAGUGACUUAAUUACACCAUUGUGGUGAAAGGAAUUACGGUUCAUUGUGUAAUCAUUGCUUUUAAGAAAAUAUUUUUCGAGGGGCGGGCUUCUUCCUUUUAUCAAAUUUGUGAGAUACUGUACUAUCUAGAGCUUUGUGUCUUGAUUGAACCUUACAUUUCAACGUUUUCAUUGUGUAAGCACCAUCAUGCUCUGAUUUAUUAUGACAAGCAUUGUUUUCCCCACUGAUGUAAAAAGCAUGUUGGCAGGAGACAACCUAGAAGUGUACUGCUACCAAAUUGUGUGUCAUCAGUGCUUGGAAAAAUAACUUUGGCCUCGGAUUUCUGCAUUAUUUACUGAUAUACAAAAUCCUAUCAGAGGUUGUCAGGCCAGUUAAUAAUUUUUGGUGGACCUCCGUCGGACUGUGUUAAUGGUAAAUAAUUUAAAAGCUUCCUGUCGUGAAAUUGUGUUCACACAGGACUGUUUUGUAUUGUCCCUAAUAAUGAUGCAAUAAUAAUGGUAAGGGGCUUUCUGAUUGGCUGUUACCUGGAAUAUGCCAGCACUCAUAGCUGAAGUACUGGUCCCUGAAUGUCAUAACUUCCUGUUUUAUACUGUUACCUGGAAACUUAUUAUUGCCAUUGCUCCCUUUCAGAAACAAGCUAUGCCAUUUCAAGAACCAGCUAUACUAAUAGGAAAGUGCUAAUAUUGUGGGAAAAUGUCCUGUUGUUGUUGAAUGACGAAAGUGUAUAAAUAAUCAAAAGAUUUUGUUUAAAUGUGAUUUUACAAAAAUAAAAGACAUUUUGCAUAUUUAUGCAUGCAUUACCUAAAUUGCACACGUUACUAUUUGAGCCUGAAAUUGAUGUUGUCUCUGCACAUCAAUGCCGAUAUACCAUUUAUCCUAAAGGAAGCUCCCAUUGCCAUGUUACAAAAAUUGAGGGUGCUGUGACAACAUUAAAUUGGGUUGAUGCAUCUAGUGGAAGAAAUCAGUGAUAAAACUGUAAAUUUUGUGAACUACCAGUGUCUGUGGUCGGUGUCAGAUCUAAUGCCACAGAUUCUUAUCAGCCAUUGUGGAAGUAGCUAUCUCUGUUAUAAACCAUAAUGCUAUGAAUUGAACAUGUCUUUACAUGCCUCAUUCAGAGAAUGGAGACUACCUGUGAACCAAUGGUGUAAGUAAUGCAUACUGGUGAAGUUUGUUAAUGCCUGUUUGCAAAACUGCUUUAGGCUUAAAUGAUAUAAUAUCCCUUGGUCAAUUAAAAUUAACAUUAUGCCUAAAUUAGUUAUUAUUAGGCAUUAGGUUAUAUUAUUUACAUGACGGUUGUAGAUGCAUUAUCUUUUUUCUUUUUCUUUCCUUUUUUUAAAUCUGAGUAUUACGGCUUAUUUUUGUUUCAAAGUUUGUACACUUUGUUUAUGUAGCUGAUUUCAUAUUGUUUGUUGUUACUGUCAACGUGACUGUAAAAGCUUUCAGAUUUUGACAGCACUAUUGUACUUCUAUUCUCUAUUAAAUCAUUCCUAGCAAACGUA